AUGGCGUCGGUUUACUCCACCCUAACCUACUGGCUCGUGGAGCACCCCAAGAUCGCCAACUUCACGUGGACCGAAGGUGAAACCCUAGGCUCCACCGUCUUCUUUGUCUCCGCCGUAGUCUCCAUUUACCUCUCCGCCACAUUCCUCCUCCGUUACGCCAACAAUGCACUCCCCUCACUCGGUCCACGAAUUCUCAAACCAAUCACAGCCCUCCACAGCCUCGUCCUCUGCCUUCUCUCCCUUACCAUGGCCGUCGGUUGCACACUCUCCCUGUUCUCUUCUCACGCGCCCUCGGGUCUGACGGCGCGUUUCCUCUACGCGAUGUGCUUCCCAGUCGACGUGAAACCUAGCGGACCGCUUUUCUUCUGGGCUCAAGUCUUCUACCUCUCCAAGAUCCUCGAGUUCGGAGACACAAUCCUCAUCCUACUCAGCAAAUCAAUCCAUCGGCUCUCGUUCCUCCACGUGUACCACCACGCCACGGUUGUGAUCAUGUGCUACCUCGGCUCCGAACCCGCACGUCGAUGUUUCCGGUUAUGCUCGUGA